AUGCAGGGAUCCAAGUCCUACUCAGGGGUGGGCCCUGCUCUUAUCCAGCUGCUCUGUGGCCUGGCUGGCCCCACACACCUCUUCCUGCCCAGCCUGGUGCUGGACAUGGCCAAGGUCCUGCUGGGUAACUACUGCUUCCCAGAGAGCCUGAUGGGGAAGCAGGGAGCCAGGCAGGCCAUCAAGAGUCGGGAGAACCUGGGCACCUCAGACCCUCAGACACUGGCCCACGUCCUGACGGCGGCAGGAGUGCAGAACUCCUUGAAGGACCCCCUGGUCACCUCCUAUGAGCCCACGGCAAGUCCCACAGAGGAACUGCUUGUCCGGCUACAGGGCAUCUGCCACGAUGUUCUGGAGGGCGACAUGGUCCUGUGGGUGGACGACAUCCCCAGCCAGGAGGUGGUGAGCAAGCUCGGGGGCUUCCUGGCAGCCAGCGUCCAGAGGGAGCUCAGGCACUGCACGGGGGGCCACAUUUCUGGCAUCCCCUACACCAUCUCCUACCUGCACCCAGGAAACCCUACCCUGCACCUGGACACCAUCUAUAACCCCCCCCCCCCCAAUACAACCACCGAGAUCGGGACCUGCCCCAGGUCCUGGGGGGGGAGCAGGUAUAGCACCCACAAGGACGUGGUGGUCCUCACCAACGGACACCGGGAACAUCCUCAGCGGCGCGGGGCCAUCGUGGUGAGCGAGCGAAGGGGCCUGGGCCUCCUGACGCAGAGGCUAGGGCAGCCCCAUUUCCUCCUCGCGGUGCCCGUGUUGGCCCCGGGGGCCCUGGGUAGGGGCAGCCCGCUGUGGGAAGGCAGUGGUGCUGCCUGUGUGGACACGCCCGCCAGGCAGGCCCUAGAGGAGGCCCUGCGGGAACUAGCGCUGGGGACCGUGUGCCCGCCCUGCGACCGCGUGGACUUCUCCACUGUGGCUCCCACGAGGGCCGAGCUGCUCAGCGCCGGUCUGCAGGCUGUGCCCCAGGACCCCAGGCUCCGGGUGCGGCCAUGGGGCCCCAACACCUCCACAGGGCCUGAGCCUGGGGCUGCCCGCUCCCCCCCGCCCCCGCGCUGCCCGCAGCGAUGCCGGAGGGGAAGUUUCCCGGAGGACCUGGAGGACUCCGGGUUGCAGGGGUCCAUGCUGCCGGGCCAUGAGGGCUACCUGUGCUGGGGCGCUGGGCCGUGCGUCCUGCGCCAGGUGUGGGGGGCUCUGCAGGCCGCGGAGCCCCUGAUGGAGGACCUGCACAGGGGCCUCUUCACCACCCAGGGCCCCAGCACCAUCAUCACAUGGGAGCACUUCCGCCUCCCUCCGGGGACUCCCGGGGUAUAGCUGCUCACCAGCCACCGCAAGGCCAGGGCCGCCGAGGAGCUGGCCGUCCUGCAGUCGCCGGGGUGGCCACGCUGCUGGGCGAGAUCACUGUCACCGCGAGCCCCGCUGCACAGCGCACUGCCCCUGCUGCAGACCCGAGGGCGGCCUGGCGCUCACGGUGCCCUGCGCACCCUCAUCAACAAGCGCAGCGAGCGCUGGCGGGGGCGCGGCGGCCCCGAUGGCAUCAGGCUGGCCAAGGAGGCCCUACACAGGGCCCAGGAGGUGCUGGCGCUGCACCGGGGCCUGGGGCCUGGGAAAGGGCACGCGUGUCUGCUGGAGGCUCACUAUGCACAGCCUGUCGGGCAGAUAGGAGACCUGCUAUGAGCCAAGUUGGCCAGAGCCUACCGCACAGCCAUGGACCUGGAGUCCGUGGCUUCCCAGCUCACGGCUGACCUGUAAGAGGUGUCUGUCUGGAGACUACCAUGCUCUGGUGCUGCACAGCCUCAGAGGCUGGCACCAGAGGAAGCGUCCUCUCUCCUGCCAGCUCCUCCCCCAGGAGCCCUCCUACCUCAUCCGGCCCUGUUCAAGAGGAGGUGCUGCCAGCCCGCUGGGCUACUUGCGCUUUGAGCCAUGGCUGAGCUGGAGACCAUGAAGGUCAGGCCGCAGCUGACGCAGCUGGUGUGGUGAGGCUGGUGCACACGGCCAGCCGUGCUGGUCAUCGAUCUGCGCUACAACCCUGGCAGCUACUCCACAGAGGGGCCCCUGCUCUGUUCCUACUUUCCUGAGGCAGAGCGCCAGUACCUCUACUCUGUCUUUGGCAGGGCCACCUCGAGGGUCACAGAGGCGGGCCUCCCCCAGAUGACUGGUCAGCGCUACACCCACAAGGACCUGCACAUCCUGAUGAGCCACACCAGCAGGUUAGCAACGAAGGCUUUUGCUCACACCAUGCAGGACCUGCAGCAGGCCACUGUCAUCAGGGAGCCCACGGCUGGAGGGGCCCUCUCUGUGGGCAUCUACCAGGUGGGCAGAAGUCCCUUAUAUGCCUCCAUGCCCACGCCGAUGGCCCUGAGCGCCAGCACUGGCGAGACCUGGGAGGUAGGAGGAGAGCCUGACAUCACCGUGCCCAUGAGUGAGGCCCUCUAUGCCCGGGACAUAGCGGGCCUGCGCGCCAAGGUGCCCCCUGUGCUGCAGACCGCAGGAACGGUCAUGGAUAACUAUGCCUCUGUGGCUGCCAAACUGAGCCAUCUGUAGAGCUGUUAUUCGAGGGUGACCUCUGAAGGGGCGCUGGCUGAGACUGGGGCUGACCUGCAGGUGCUGUCUGGGGGCCCACACCUGAAGACAGCCCAGAUUCCUGAGGAUCGUGCCCAUGCAGAUCCUUCCAACCACAAGCCUGACUCUAUGAUGGAGGCCCCACCAGAGGGCUGCAAGCUGCAGCUCAAAUGA